AUGUCGCAAGCUACCAGCACGAAAUGUGCCUCGCGAUGGGUGACGCGCAUCAUCCCCCUCAUCAUCACCGGUACCAGCGGCUAUGCUACAUACGUGGUCGUGGCCUAUCUAGGCGUCGACUAUCUGUAUAGAACCCGGGGUGAGCAUGGUGCCGCCAUUUCGACAAUCACCCUCUACCUCUUCUUCUACCUCCUCACGAUCGCCACCUAUCUGCGGACGUUCCUCAAGAUCAAAGCGGACCCUGGCUUGGUACCGCUUGGCCCACAGGCACAACAAGCACUAAGGGAAUCGAACAAAAAGAGUAGGCGGAGAAAGGAGGGAGACUUGGAAAGUCAGCCGUACUUCACAGGCCCCGAUCAGGACCCGGACAGCCCCGGCUUGGAGGGAUUCUACAGCAAGGACGUAUUCGCAUGUGAGAGUGACGGACGGCCGAAAUGGUGUUCUGAGUGCCGGAAUUGGAAACCCGAUAGAGCUCAUCAUUCGAGCGAGGUUGAGCGAUGCGUACGAAAGAUGGAUCACUAUUGCCCAUGGGUCGGUGGCAUGGUGUCGGAGACCUCAAUCAGGGUACCAAACGGCACCCGGCCCGGGAAUAGCUACGGCUUGAUCACAUAUCCUCUUCCAAAGUAUCCACAAGGGAUACCUACCUCCUCGGACGCCACCGUCGACAGCGAGACCCCCCGUGAUAGACUAGCUACGCGCACGUUUGCUAUUGUCAGGACCGAACCAGAUGAGAACCCGUGGGAUCUCGGGUACGCUAGAAACUGGACGUCCAUUAUGGGGUACACCUUGAUUGACUGGCUUUUGCCCAUACGCGGGUCACCAUGCGCCAAUCACGACAGCAUGGAGAGUGACUACGAGAUGGGCCCGUUGGUACAAAGGCUCAGAGAACGACACGGUCUGCCUGAUCCCAACGGUUCGUCAAGCGGAAGGGAGAUGCAGGAACUGAGAGACAGCGAUCAUUGA